CAGACUGUCAACAGCUGUCGAAAUGAUUAGAAAUCAAGAAAAUAAAAAUGGUAAUUUUAAAUAUUUAGCUAAAAGUAUUUAUUUUUAAACUACUCAACUAUUCAACAGAAACUUCUGAAAUGGAGGAAGUCAAAAAAAUUUUCACCCAGUUUGAAAGAUUUGAAAUGGUUUUUUUUCUUUUUUAUAUUUACAGUUCGAUGUAUUGUGAUCGUAGGAAAACCAAAAUGUUUUAUACUAGACUGUUAACAUACGAAGUCAGCUGCGCACAAUGCUAUUUAUAACCGCUCAUUUAAAAUAGUUUUAGGUUACGUCUAUGCUUUUCUAAACAAGGUUUUCUAAGUGCAUACUAUUAUUUUUAAAUUAUAGAAAAUAAAUUCUAAAAGUUGUCAUCUCUUUUUUCAGAAUGAAAAUUCAAAAUGUACUCAACUAAUUGUUUUAAAAUGUAAGCAUUAUUUCUUUAACUAACGCCUCUUUUUAAGUUUUUAUCUUUUAACAUAGAUAAGAAUGAAAACAGGAAGUUUUUUAAUAUUGAAAAAUUAUCUAAUCUAUUUGAUACUAUUGAAGAAUGGAUUAUUGAUACAAAAAGUGAAUUCGAAUUAAAAAUUCGAAAUUUAAAAAGAAACUCAACUGAGAUUGAUGGUUUUAUCUUCCUUCUUCUUGUAUCAGAAGAAGAAAAUAGAUCUGAUUUUAAAAUUGAGAAUAGUGUAUUAGGAUCGUUUGACAAUUUAAAAUGCAUGAUUAAUAAGAAUAGUUCAGAAGAAUUUCGUAAUAAACCGAAAUUAUUUAUCUUCCCGAAAUAUUCAAAAGUAUCAUCAUCUCUAUCAGCCCAAACAGAUUGCAGUAGUCAGAAAGACAUUGCACAAUCAUUAGAAACUUGUUCAAUUCAAUCAUUUUCCGAUUUGAACAUUAACUAUUUUGAUGAGAAAUGGAUGAACAAUCAAGCGAGAAGAUUGUUUGACGAAUUUAAUAUUUUCCAUAAAGAGAAUAUAUGCAUUCAUGAAAAUGGAAAUAAUACAACAACAACUUUCUACUCAACUAGCGAAAAUCUAUUUAAAGAUUACGAAAGUACAAAUACACUGGUAGCAGAAGGAAAAAAUGUUUUUCUCUCUUUUGAUUACUUUAAAAGUCUGAAUGAAGAAAACACAAACACAGAAUGUGACGAUGUUAAACUAAGCAAAGCUGUAAAAGUUUUUUAUGAUAAUGUCAGAAAAUCAGAUUGUUACUGCUAUUUAAAAGCAAGGGAAAUAUCUCUCCUAUUUGCUGAAAACAGUAUUAGAAUUCUUCUCUGGUUGGAUGACAGUAAUAGACCCGGCAAUGGGAAUUUUAAAACCAACUACGACUUUGGAUUCAUUCUAAACGGAAUCCAACAAGAUACUUUUGCAGAAACUUUACUAAUUGUUACAUUGAAACAAACCGGAAGUUGUAAUUUUCAAAAAAGACUAACAAAUCAAAUUGGUUGGAUGGUUGUACCAGCAUUCAAUUACAGUUCGGACCAUAUUGAAUUAUUGAAUAAUGGCUUACUAAUUGAGCAUCAAUCACUUUAUGUUCCUCUCUUCCAAACAACAGGCACCAAUUAUUAUUUUCCAAUCAAAGAUGAAGAAAACGUCGACCAAGAAUGGACACUUCUCCUAUGCAUUCAAGCAGAGAUGAUUGGACAAGAACUUAUCGGUUGUCAUUUAUCAAUUAGACAGGAAAUGAAUAGCAUUAAUUCAUUGAAAAAUCUCAUUUAUUUGAGAGAUUUUAAAUUGAAUUUAAUGAAAAGUUCUUCAUUUCAAAUUCAAAUUAAUAAAGAUUUGAAUUUUAAAAUCUCUUCUUUAGAUUAUCUAUUGAAAGGAAUUAUCUUCAAUCAACAAUUCUAUAUUGAUAAGACAAAAGAAUUACAUAUAUUCAUUGAGAAUAACAACAAGAAUUUGAUUUUGGAUGAUAAUUUUCCAAUAUUGCAAAGGUUGAAUAAUGAUAUUAAUUCAUUUUCAACAGCCUAUUUUACUGGUGAAAAAUUAAUUUUAAAUGCUGAAAAUUCAUUGGUUGUCCUACCGGAAGGAUGUUUUCAAAAAUCAACUGUUGUUUCAAUACAAGAGAAUUAUUCAUUCAAAAAUAACAAAAAUUGUACUAUACUUCAAAGCUCUGUCGAUUGUAAACCGGAUGGAGAAUUUUUUGAGCAAAAAACUGCAAAAUUAUUGUUUAAUCCAAUUUUUAAAUCUAAAGAUAUUGACGUAGGGGAAUUUAAAUAUUUAAAAUCUGAUUGGAUUGUUGGCAAUUUGAGGCAUUUUUCCCGCCACGAGCUUUGUAACAAUAGUAAGGAUGGAAAUAACACAAAUGUUGAAAUGGAACAGAACGAAAUAACACUUCCAUAUAAAAAUAAUGCGGUUCCAGGUCAGAAUGGCUUAAAGCUUACUGUCAAAGGGAAUAAUUUUGAAGAAACCUCUUCUAAAUCCUUUAACACCUUAUUUCAAAGUUUUGAUAGAGGUAACGACUUUCCUUUUGUUGUCUUCAUCCAACAUGAAGAAAUUGACAAAGGAGAAAUAAUCAUUGAAAGUGGAAACUUAAAAAAUAAUGAGUUUGUUUCCUACGAUUCUAUAAAUUGGAGAUUUUCGAAUAUUUUCAUUGACCAAUCAAAGAACACUUCUCCAAAAGUGUGCAUACUAAAAUAUUAUUCAGAAUAUGAAACUCAACAACUCCAACACGAGGAAAAUUUUGAUUGUUCGAAGAAAAUUAAUGAAAUAUUAAAAUGUUUGAAUGAUGAAAAAUCUUAUAAAAAUAAUGGAAGUAGGGUUUUCUUCCUUUCUACAGCAAACACUAUUGGAAGAGAUAGUUCAAAUUUGAUCAAUUUUUUCAACUUUUUGAAUUUUCAUACUCAUACUUUGAAUAUCAAAGAAAAUCUUUCAAGCCAAAUUAAACAUAUUUUAAAGGAUGAUACAAUUUCUAAAUAUGGUUUAAUAUUUUUUAUACAAUUUACCGGAAAUGAAAAAAUUGAUAAAUGUCAGGAAAUUAUUGAUCAACUAAAUAUUGAAGAAGUUAGCGACCAACCUAAAAUGUUCUUUUUUCAAUUUUAUACUAAAGGUGAAGUUUUUCCUAAAAAUGAAGAAGAUUUAAAUGAAAAAUUUAAGAAUGUUUCACUCUCUUCCAAAACACCUGCACAAGCAUCAAAUGAUGACGAUGAUAGUUUGUUCGUGAAAGCUGACAAAACAACUAGCAAUAAUGUGCCUUCGUUACAUAACAUGAAAAAUACUUUUGUUAGAAUUGAAAACAUUUAUGAUGACGUUGAAAAUCUUGAAAAAUGGGGAAGUUGUUUUAUUAGAGGAUUAAUAUUAUCAAUCAAAUACUGCAACUACUGUAAACCUUUGAAUAAGAUCUUAGAAUAUACUCAGUUGAUUGUUGAAUCAAAACUGGAAAAUAUUUUAAGUGACAAAGAAUUCGAAUUAAAAACUAACGAUUUCAAAAAUUACUAUUUCCUACCAAUUUCUGUUAUCAAGUCUGAAAAUUCCUUAUUUAAGGAAUUUAAAAAAUUUGAUAAAUCACCUCGUAUUACUUUCGAGUUGCUGGAGAGAAAAUUUAGUAAUGAUAAUGAAGUUUUAGAUGGAAAGAAACUCUACUAUGAAUUUAAAACUGUAAAAGUUGUUAUUUUCAACAUUUCAAAAAAGAGACCAGGAAGUGAGCUGGACAUUGACAACCUGUCAAAUUUGUUCAAUAUUCUCGGGUACCAAGUACAAAUUUGGCCUCAAUGUAACAAGGAUAAUUUGAUUCACAAAAUAAAGUUGCUAAAAGAAGAAAUGGAGAAUUUUGACUGUUUAAUAUUCUUUGUGAUGGCUCAUGGUACUAAGUAUGGAUUCAAAUUGUUGGACGACCAUAUUUUGGAUUUUAAGGAAUUUUUACGCCAUUUUAAUGACAAAUGCCCAAAUUUACUUUUAAAACCUAAACUUUUCUUUUUUAAUUGUUGUAGAGGAACAAAUUGGCUUUCCAAUGAAACCAAUAAAUUCGACUUGAAAGACACUGGGAGUGCAUCAAAUACACCUAAAUCUGAUGAUGCAGAAUGUAUAUCGGACUGCGGUAGGUUUUUUUCGACAAUAGAAGACCAUGUCAGUUUACGUUUCCCAACUCUUGGAAGUAUAUUUAUAAGAUGCUUCAUUAUUUGUAUGAGAGUCUAUUCACAUAGAGAAUCCUUAUCCUUAAUUAUGGAGAGAACCUACAGUCUACUGAAAUGGAAAAUUCAUGAAUACGAAUUGGCAUUGUACAGACAAGUUGCCGCAGAGAAAUUUGGAUGCGAUAGAAGACAUCCACAAAUUAUUGCUUUAGUUCACUUGAUCAAAGCUCUUCACUCUUCUGAUGCUACACUUUCCCCAUUUAUCUGUCCCGUUGAUGACCAACAAAGACCUAUAAAUGGUGUGUUUAAGGAUAGCAUUUUAUGUGAUACUUAUCAUCAUUGCAUAAAUGGAACUGCAUUUCUAAGGAAAUGUCCUCCUGGACAGCAUUUUAAAAUUAUAUUAUCAGACUGUAGCUUUUCUGCCUGUGUUGAUCCAGAAUUAUCAGAUUGUUCAGAGACUCUAAAGGCAUCACUACCUUCUCAAAAAAUACGUCAAUGUGAGACAGGUGAAAAAAAUUCGAAUAAUGGUGAACAAUGUUUUACUAGAGUAAGCGAAUGUAGUUCUAAUAGCAAUGAAACAGUUCCAAGUUUUCUUGAUUGUAGAAUUUACUAUCACUGUAGAAAUGGUGUUUCCUGGCCACAGCAAUGUCCUGAUGGCUAUUAUUAUUCACUAAAUGUUAAUACUAGAGAAUGUAAAGCUGAAAUGUGUGUACCAUUUGAGGUUGCCAGAUGUCCAUUGGCAGGUGGUUGGUCUGCAUGGUCACAAUGGGGUGACUGUGAACCAGAGUGUGGUGGUUUUGGAAUUGAAACAAGAAGAAGGGAAUGUAACAAUCCUCCUCCUCAGAAUGGAGGAGCUGAAUGUCCUGGUGUUCCGAUAGAAAUAAGAGAAUGCAAACCACCUGAUUGUUCAGGGUCUACAAGCCCAGCAUUUAUGCUUUCUUUACAGGAAAAUACAAAUGUAAAUAACGGAAAAAUUCCAUGGAGUUCUAUUGAUGUGAAUGAUGACAAUCUAUAUAAUAGCAAUAAAAAGGAAGUAGAGAUUAAAAAGCCUGGAAUGUAUUUUUUCUCUAUGACAGCAACAACUCUAACAAAUACUUGGAUGUCCCUAGAAAACACUGGAAUUAACAUAGGUCUGUCAAAAGAGAUACAUUUUAGUGACAGACUACUCACUGAAACUAUUACAAGAAGUGGUUUAUUUUCCUUAAGCAGCUUAUUUAAACCAAGAGUUGUACACCUUCUAAAUGAUUCGAAUUUGAUAGGUAGCAAUGAUGGAAAGGAUACGUCCUGGUUGGGUUUUAGAUAUGAAAGCAAUAGUUUUGUUAGUGCUGCUCUUGGUGUAAAACAGAAUUCUCCAGGUUUUUUAUCUCUAAAUACCAUAUUUUUAAAUAGAGGUUUCACUAUUUCAAACAAUAACAAGAUUUUUACAUCUAGAGAAGCUGGUCUAUAUUAUAUUAAUUUUGGAAGUGGAAUUGAGGAAGGUAAUAGUGAACACAACAUCAUUCUUUCUGUUGCACGCUAUAUGGCAUCUUACACAAGAAUAUAUUCUAAACCUCCUGGCAUUGUAAAUCGGCAAUCAGCAUAUCCUUCAUCCAGAGGAUUUCUACAAGACUUACAUGAAAAUACUGUUUUACAAUUGUCAGCAAGUAAUCACGUGACAAGCUCUAAAUUGGAGACAUAUCUUCUUGCAUUUAAAAUAAAUAGCUCUUUUCCAGCUGUAUUUCUAGUUAAAAGUCAUCAGGGACAGAGUCAAUGUCGACCAAUAUUUGGAAUACAAGGAUUACAGUUUGAAAAUGUACUGGUGGAUACGUUGAAUUCAUGGAAUACUACAGGAUAUUUUACAGCCCCCAUAGACGCAGCCUAUUUUGUAGAAGUUAACUUGGUAGCUAUAAGAACAACAGAACUUAUUGUUGAAGUAAAUGAUCAAGUAGCUUUCAAGUUGAAACAUGUAAUGAAACAUUCAGGUGAAGCGGAAUUAUCAACCAGAACAGCUUUAUUAAGGUUAAAGGAAGGAGAUAUUUGCAAAAUAAAGUAUAGAGGUUGUCUAGAACAUAUGACUAUGUCAAGUUCAUUCACUAUAUUUGCUAUUCAAAACUGA